AUGCUCGAUGAUUCCAGCCAAGCUGCCAUCAGAGCGAUCCUUCAGCAAGAGCUGGCCGCAGUGCAGAGGAAUAUACUUGAGGAAACCAGGAAAGAACUCAACAGUAUUCGGGGCGCUCUGGUUGGGACAAGCUUGAUCCGUAGCAGCGUUGCAGCAAAGGAAUUUGUCCCUUUUGUGCUACCGCAAGAACAAGACCCGCCACCGGAAGUUGAUGGCAGUGACCAUUCUGUUGAUAGCCUAGGAGACGAGAACAGAGAGCAGAAUGAUCACUGCGAUCUGAAAAGCAACGUCAGUUGCACAAGCACAGCGAGACGGACUCCCAACAAAGCAGUUGUACAGGAUAUUUCGAAGGUCAUCGAUGAUCAUUUGACAAAGUCUCGAUCAAGACCUGCAAAGACGCAGCUGCAAAAGUUAGUGAGGAGCCAGGGCUUCGAAAUAUUUUUUGCGCUGGUCGUGGUCAUCAAUGCCGUUAUCGUUGGAAUCCGUGCAGAUGCCGGCCCCAACGACCACUCGACAGGCUUGGAUGUCAUUGAGCUGCUCAUUGGAUUGCUGUUUGUAGUUGAACUUGGACUUCGCUUUGCUGCUUCAGGUUGGUCAUAUUUCAAGCGCUGCGCUGGUGUUUGGAACAUUCUUGAUGCACUUCUCGUCCUGUUCAUGCUGGCAGAUGCCGUGUGCGCCCUGAUGGGGGUAUUUAUGUUCGGCCUUGAUGAUGGAGGUUUAAUGCGUCUGUAUCGCGUAUUAAGACUGGUGCGUGUAGCUCGAAUGGCGAGGCUGUUCCACCUCGUCCCGGAGUUGCACUUCACUUUGUCCUUGAUGCUGCAGUCACUAUCCUCCUUCUUUUGGGCCGCAAUGCUGAUGAUGCUCAUCAUGUACCUAGUGGCGCUCUACUUUACGAUAGCCACCUGUUGCCAUGAUUGGGGACAUUGCCAGGCUGAAGUGACUCUUUCUUCAUCCAAGGUUUCAGGGCAAUUUGUGGAUGGAGCCGCAGAUGCCACGCAAUUGCGGGCCUACUGGGGAUCGACGGGAUCCUCGAUGAACUCGCUUUUCUUGGCGGUCUUUGGUGGGGAGGACUGGCAUAAUAUGCUCUUGGUCUUCGGUCAUGAUACUUCAUGGUAUGUGAUUAACAGCCUGGUCUUGUCGCUCUUUGUCGGCUUUGUCCUGGUUGUCAUUUUGAACCUCGUGAAUGGUGUUCUUGUGGAGGGUGCACAGGAAAUGAUUUCUGACCAAAAGCGUGAUGAGCUGGUGCGCAUGGCAGCAGAUAUUUUUGUGCACAGUGGCAAGAAAGCGGGCGACGAGCUUUCGCGCGAAGAGUUUGACGAGCUACUGCAAUCCGAGGCGAUGACUCGAUACCUGGACGCUAUCGGCAUCGAGCUCGAUGAGGCCGACAGCCUUUUUGCAUUCCUGGACCGCGAUGACUCGGGCAGUCUCAGCAUCGUUGAGUUCAUUCAGGGUUGUCUUCGCCUGCGUGGUCCUGCCAAAGCCUUAGACUUGGCUGCGAUGCAUUUGUGGCUGAAGGAGAGAAACUCGCAAUUGCAGCUCAGGUGUGGCACCUUCCAGCAGCAGCUGGACGCUAUCAGUGAGGUCUUGAAGUUGCCACUGGGCUUCCUGAUCCCCAGCAGGACUCAGAGCCCCAUGUCAACCAUUUCUCCUCUGCCGCCAGUGGAGGAGGACUUACCUCCAGACAUUGUACCACGGCCAUCUCCGGACCUGUCGAUUCUGAUGUUUUCGCUGCAGUCCUCCACAGUUUAG